GCGAGCACACGCGCAGUCCAUCUCUCCUCACUCCGAAGCUCGCUCGCCUCGCUCUCAGUUAUCCCACGCAUCACGCACCGUCAAGUUGACUGUCGCCAUGCGGGAUCACAGGCGUGAAGCUGCUUUCAUGUGAUCAUCUCUCCGGCUGCAGGUGAGAAAGAGCUGAGUGCGUGCCGCGCUGCCCAGAACUGUGGUGCCACGGAUGCGCUUUACGCUGCUGCAUGAAUGCUUGGUCAUAACCCCUGGAUUUCAGCAUCAUUGCAAAGGACGGCGAUGCGUUUGGUCCAGCAGCGGUCUCGGUGCGCUCGGUGAUGGAUGUCUUGUAUAUUUUUCCUCUUGGGAAUUAAGGAAGGUUAAUGGAGAGCCGUGCGCUUCCGUGCGCCUUUUGAACAAAUUGCGUCUUCUUCUUUCGGGCUUGUGCAUGCCUGCGUUGAGAUUUGCACAUUAAUGCUGGGUCAUUCGGCAUUACUGAUGUAAAAAUGCUGAACAACAUUCUGCUACUGAGUGUUUUAACGGUCACCAGUCUCCCAUCAAAGACAGAGAGCCGCAAAACUUCCAAAGACAUCUGCAAGAACCGGUGCUCGUGCGAGGAGAAGGAGAACGCAUUAAACAUCAACUGUGAAAACAAGGGUUUCACCACGGUCAGUCUGUUUCAGCCUCCGCAAAACAAAAUCAGCCAACUCUUUCUGAAUGGAAACUUUCUCACCAAGCUCAGCCCAAACGAAUUCUUCAAUUAUGGUAAUGUAACAUCUCUGCAUUUGGGUAAUAAUGGCUUGCAGGAAAUCAAACCGGGGGCGUUCAAUGGGUUAAAAAACUUAAAACGUCUCCAUCUUAAUAACAAUAACUUAGAAAUCAUUAGAGAGGACACUUUUUCUGGUCUGGAAAGUUUGGAGUAUUUACAGGCUGAUUACAAUUAUAUUAGUGCCAUUGAAGCAGGUGCGUUUAAUAAACUGAAUAAACUCAAAGUGCUUAUACUCAACGACAACCUUUUGCUCUCUUUGCCUAAUAACAUAUUCCGCUUUGUCAUGUUGACGCAUUUGGAUUUACGGGGAAAUCGACUGAAAACGCUGCCGUUUGCUGGUGUCCUGGAGCACAUAGGUGGAAUAAUGGAAAUCCAGCUGGAGGAGAAUCCAUGGAAUUGCACUUGCGAUUUGAUACCUCUGAAAGCCUGGCUGGAUACAAUUUCGGUCUACGUGGGGGAUAUCGUUUGCGAGACGCCUUUCAGACUGCACGGCAAAGACGUCACGCAGUUGAUAAAGCAAGACCUUUGCCCUAGACGCAAUCCUGGAGACGCGAGUCACCGCGCAAUGCAGCCGCCGUCUGACUCGCAAUACCAGGCUCCAUCUCCGACCCUUCGGGCCCGGGUGACGCCGACCAGAGCCCCAAAAGCUUCCCGCCCCCCCAAAACGAGAUACCGUCCCACACCGCGCGUCACGUCCAGCAGAGACAAACACGUAUUCGGGCCUAUCAUGGUGUACCAGACACGGUCGCCGGUUCCAAUUACGUGUCCGAGCGUUUGCGUGUGCACAUCACAAAAUCCAGACAGCGGAUUAAACAUCAAUUGCCAGGAACGCAAACUUCAGAACAUCUCUGAACUUCAACCCAAACCAUCAUAUCCAAAGAAACUGCAUUUAACUGGUAACUAUUUGCAAACCAUAUACAGGACGGACCUGACGGAGUACAGCACCCUCGAGCUUCUGCACUUGGGAAAUAACAGAAUAGCAAUCAUUCAGGACGGAGCAUUUGAGAAUCUGACGAGCCUGCGAAGGCUCUACCUGAAUGGCAACUACAUUGAAAGCCUGUCUCAGUCUUUAUUCGCUGGAAUGCAAAGUUUGCAAUAUCUCUACUUGGAAUAUAACAUCAUCAAAGAGAUAUUACCCCUUACAUUCAACUCGCUGCACAACCUGCAGCUUUUGUUUCUUAAUAAUAACCUCCUGAGAUCACUUCCCGACAAUGUGUUCGGAGGAACCAUGCUGACAAGGCUUAAUCUCAGAAACAAUCAUUUCUCACAUCUCCCAGUGCGCGGGGUGCUCGACCAGCUCUCCGCCUUCAUACAAAUAGAUCUCCAGGAGAACCCGUGGGACUGCACGUGCGAUAUCGUGGAGCUGAAGAACUGGAUGGAGCUGUCCAGCACCAGCGUCGUUGUGAACGAGAUCACGUGCGACUCGCCAUCCAAGCACGCAGGCAGGCUUUUGCGCUCCCUUCGCAACGACGCCAUCUGCUCGGAACCGGAGGAGGUUCCUGUGACCAAAGCUCCCACCGUGGUGAGCUCGAGCACCGAAGCGACCCCCUUUUCUACCGUAACCCCCACGGACAGAGUGCCCGAGAUGCCCCCGGAGGUGCCGCUGUCCGUUCUCAUCUUGGGCCUGCUCGUUGUGUUCAUCCUCUCCGUGUGCUUCGGGGCGGGUUUGUUCGUGUUCGUCCUCAAACGUCGCAAGGGGGUCGAGAGCGUCCCCUCGGGUGCCAAUAACCAUUUGGACUUGAACUCUUUCCAAGUACAGUACGGCUCUUACAACCCAGACGCCGGCGCGGAUAAAACCGAUAAUCACGUGUAUAACUAUAUCCCUCCGCCUGUGGGUCAGAUGUGCCAAAAUCCCAUUUACAUGCAGAAGGAAAGCGAGCAGGUGGCUUAUUACCGGAACCUGAAGAAGGAGCUGAGCUUCGGCACACUUGACCCCAAAAAGGACGAACUCAAUCGUAGCCCGGCUUACACUAUAAGCACAGUGGAGUUCAUUGAUAAGCAGCCGUGCGCCAAGCGCGAACCGGAGCUGCUUUACCAGAACCUUGUGGAAAGGGCAAAGGAUCUGCCCCAGUCAGGGCCGCUAAGCUAUAACUUUUGCACUUUACCCAAAAAAUCCUUCAUUGCACCAUACGAGACCACCCGACGGCAUAACCAGGAUCGAUUAAACAAAACCGUGCUCUACGGGACCCCGAGAAAAUAUGCCGCACAGUCCAAAAACGAGCUGUCCAACAAGCUUAAAACCGAGCCGGACUACCUCGAAGUUCUGGAGAAACAAACUGCGAUGAGUCAGUUGUAAUAUGGAGUCCACGUAGGCCUGUGUCAUGUGUAUUAAAACCACAUAAGACGAUAUAAAACAUCACAAACCCAAGCCUUCCGUCUUCUUUUAGAGGCUGUCUACAUCGCCGCAAUUUAAAGAUAUAUUAUUUUCUCUAAGGUUUAAAUUAUUUCUUCUACUUGAAACGUCAAGACUGUAGCAGUUGUCGCAAGAAUAUGUAUAGCUUACAGCUUCAUGCUUUGUUUUUGUAAUAUGAAAUCUAUUUUCUCUCAGAUGACAGGGUUGUUGAAAUGACAUUCCUGUAGAUUAUCUCGGAUGGUGAGUGCAACACAAGUUCCUGGUUCCAGAAGUGCCUUUUGCACUUAAAAGUAUUUUAUCUCUGCUUUCUGCUAAUCGACUUUUUAUAAGUGCUGUAUUUUAAGACUCUUUAUGUAAAAUAGGAUUAUUUGUCCAUUGCAUUAAACUGAAGAAAGGUUAAAUGGCACUCCGUUGUUGGGUAAAAUAUUAUUUCAUUGCUGCAGCACGAAAAUCAGCUAGCUCAAAAUAGUUUCAGUCAAAACUGAUUUAUUUAAAAUGAAGAACGCAGAUGCUCGGUGAUGGAUGUGGUUUGAACAGUUUAAUGCGGCACGUCUGAGCACCGUUAAUGGCACGUGCAGUGUGUGUGUAUGCGUGCGUGCGUGCGUGUGUUUGUCUUUUUUUAGGCCAGCUGACAAUUUAUACUAAAUUAGUUUAUACUUGAUUGCACAUAAAGGUAGAGAAACUUGAAAAAAUGCAGUGUUUGAAGACAAUUGCUCCAGAAAUAGUUUAUAUUUUCAUACAUAUGUAUUUUGUCUGAUGUUUCUUAACGACGUGACGCAAUGGCUUGGUUACUGAGUGUCUGAUAUGCGUUACUCUUAAAUGUUUGUUUAUUCAUCUGUUUAAUUGACAUCAGUUUGCACUUUACUAUUAGAAACCUCGGUCGCUGUCCAUGGUGCUAAUAGUGUUUACAUUGGUUGAUAGCGCAAUGCUGUGGUCUCAGUGCUGAAUAUCACUUAUUUGUAUAUGCCUUAUGUAAAUUACUUUAAUUAUUUGAUCGAUGAUACAUUGAUGUUAUAUUCCCUAAAUAAGACGAACAUUAUUAGUUUGUACCAUUAUGUUUUGUUGAUUUUAAGUUCUUUCCUUUUAAGUUUACAUUUAUAUAUAUUUUAAAGGGCCAUAUGCUGUUAUUGCAAAUCUCUACAAAAAAAAACAAUUUUUUUCUUUAUUUUGUUACAUUUCAUUCAUAAUUAAUUACCUUGCUAAAAUGUUUGCAAGUGAUCUGAGCAUCUUGAGUUUAAACGAGGCAAAUAUUUCCGCUAUGGGAAGAAAUGAGCGGCGCUUGAUGUGAGAGAAUGUUUUUCAUCCAGUUUUAAAUGGAGUACAAUGAGCCUCUGUGUGGCUGUUUCCUGGUGUGGCUGAGAAUGGCCGUGCCGCACAUGCUCUGCACAUCAAUGAGCGGCCUGACCAGCAAAACGCUUGCUGUUCUAGAUGGAGACGUCAUGCCUUGGUUUGAACUAAAUUGUUGAGCUCUAAUCGGUUUAUGCAAAGCUAGCGAGGAGGUUUCACUGAUGCAGAUUCAAAUUACAAAUACAGUUGGUUCCAGUUUACUUUGUGUGUCUUUCUCAUUUUGCGUGAAUGUGCAUAGAAGCAUAGCAUAUAUGCAUUACAGAUGCAGUUGGAUUGGGUGAUUAUGCUUAUGUAUUCGAAAAUAUUUUUUAUAAGUAUGAGAAGUGUGCAGUCCAUCAUUACAACCGUAUAAUAUUUUAGAGAGGUAAGUUCCUGCUGUGUGGAUAGUGGGAUAGUGAACUACUGUAGGUUUAUUGAAGAGAGAGCUUUGGAGACCCAGAGCCCCAGCAGUGCUGCAGCACUUUUACGCCAGUAGCGAUGAAUUAUGUCAAGAGGGUCGAAUGUAGUUGGCUCCAGAUUCAAAUCAAUGGAAGUGAUCCGAGAGGCUUGCUGCUGGGGGCUUGUCCUCAAACUUUCCUGGCUCGCUUUAGCUAUGCUUGUGGGCAGCUUCCAACUUUUCCCAUAUAAAUCAUUAUCUCUGCUUUUUAUUCAUCUCUGGUUUGCAGGCAUGUGACUACCAGGAAGAGCAAGUAAUUUUUUGUGGCUCUGAACUGUGAUGUAUUCAUGACGGGCGUAACUUAGAUUUACUGAGUCAGUAUGUAGAUCUCUUGAGUAACUGCGGAGCCCGAAGGCAAAUUCUUUGCAAGGCAAUGACGUCUGAACUGUACAGUAAUGUUGCGGCAAAGAACUGAAUAUUAAGCAUUUUGAUGGACUCGUUCUCAUUUUUAUGUGCAUUAUAUUAUAUUGCAGACCAAUAUCAUUUUUAAGACCUUAAAAAUCAAUGGGCCUAUCAGUCAGUUUUAACCUUAUUCGUGUUUUAUAUGAAGUAUUAGUUGAUUAUUUUUAGUAACAAAGCAUGACUUUGUAUUCCAAAUUUUCCUAAACCAUUAUGGCAACACAGAUUAAGUCCUAAAGUUAUCUAUGGAUGAAUAAUUAGAUCUACAGAGCUCCUGCACAGCAGCACCUCUGCAACAAACUCUUGCACUAAUAAGUAAAGAAAGUAAUUGGAGCCUGUUAAAGUUACAUUAGCACAUACAGUAGAUGGAUAUCAGUGAUUCAGUUUAUGGAUCCAGUUAAAAACACAUGCUGCGUGAGGAAAACAGCUUGAAAAUAGCCAUCGAGGGACCACUCAAGACCACUCGCAGGGAUCUUGAGAGCUCCAAUCAAACAAAGUGAUAGUAGAGCAUGCAGUGAUAUCAGAGGAGCACCGCUGUGUGCCAAAACCUAUAGACCAAUGAUUUUACUGAAUAUUCACUACCUGGCUAAACGUGUUUGAAACAAAAUAAUAGUUCAAAAUUACACUUCUGACUAUAUGCACUGAUGUAUUGGCCUAUAAUCAGUAUUGCAUAUAUUUAUAAAGCAAUAUUUCUGACAAUCGGAUAUAGCGAAUUGUUUUAAAACAGCAGAUGAUUGGGGGAGAUUAUAAUCUCAGAAUUAAAGGGGUAUGCAUCAAAACUCAUGCUGCGUGAUUAUUUUGAAUUGGGAGACAAUAACAACUAGGGCUGGGACAAUACGUUGCGAUACACAACUAAAAUGCUGAUAUCUGAUAUCGCAAAGGUGAUAUUAUGCAUAACUCUUUCAUGUACUAUGGCCCUCUGAUCAGUAGUAAGUCCUUAUCAAUCUAUAAUCACUGUAAGUUUGAGUCGUUUAUAUCAUGCAUUUGAAAAAGCAACACUCAUCAAACAUAAUGAUUAUACAUAUUCUGUUUUAUCAUGAAAAUACCUAAAAAGGUUUGAUUAACAUAUAAAUAUGAUUAUAGGCAUUUCGUAGAGCUGCGUGUGUAAAUGGUUCUUCUUCUGCGGUGCAUAUUGAGUUGCACAAGAGCGCCCUCUGGCUUUUGGAUGUACCAGCAUUUUACCGUAAUCAUUAAAGGCGGGGUGCAUGAUCUUUGAAAGCCAAUGUUGUUAUUUGAAAUCACCUAAACAAUCACGCCCCUACCCCAAUAGAAUCUGGACCUUCUUUUGAAAGACCCGCCCCACACAUAUGCAACCCAGGCAACGAUGUUGGUUAGUAGACACGCCCCUUACUGCUGAUUGGCAACAAGUGUGUUUUGGUAGUCGGCCCGACUCCCUUUUCAGCCCAGUCACACGAAAUUAUGUACCUAUAGUCACAUAAUUUUUUUUAUUUUUUUGUGAUUACUGUCACAAAUUUCCAUGUUUAUGUGUCAUUGUCACGUAAUGGUUACUCAACUGUUUUGUCCUAUUUUCUUAGCAUUUUAGAUUCGAUUUAGGGUUAGAUUUAUAUAAAAUGACAUCCGUAUCCAAACCCAACUCUAACCCUAACGUCAGGCGACAAUGUUUUAAAAUUUAGAAAAAAAUCAGAAAAAAUAGUAUAAGCCAAUACUUCAACUAAUUAACCCUAAACCGAAGCAAAAAAUU